GACGAAGAAAGAGAGAGGGGAAGGAGCGGAGGGCAAGACGACAGAGAAAGAAUGAAAGGUCGGACGCAAGGGAAGAAGAACAAACCGAGAUAGAAAGCGACAAGGGAAGGAAAGAGAGGGAAACCCCCCGAAAAAUCAAGGCCGAAAAAAAGAGCAGAAAGAAGAGGAGAAAGCGGGUGGAGGAGAGGCAAUCGCCGGGUCUUGCGGAGGAGUCGGAGCCCUCGGAGGCCGAGCCGAGGCGGUGGCCGGUCCGGCGGGGUGAAAGCCACCCCCAUUUCAGGCCAAGGGGGAGCAGCGGCAGAGGAUGCGGCCGAGGGAGGCCGGCAGGGCCGAGCGCAGGAGCGGCGGUGUCGGUGUGGUUCUAGUGUCUUCUACCUUAGAGGAUGAACGCUGACAGCCAUCGGCACUCCUAAUCGGUAACUCCACUGUUCAGUGUCGACGAUGAGAUGUUUGCCCGAGACCCUUUUAGAUCUGUCCAUCCUUAUGACGUUAAUUUUACCAAACACUGGAAAUAAACGCUAUGUCAGAUAUGGCUGAGGCUGCGGCGAUCGUAGGGAGCUUUUCCAGUGGGGGCAGAUGCUGGGAGGUAAAAUGUACGCCUGCUGCUCCACAGUAACUUUGGAACAGGACCUCAACAGAAAAAUGCAUAUCUGGAUACUGCAGACUCUAGCAUUUGCUUUAACGUCUCUCGUCCUUUCGUGGGCAGAAACCAUCGAUUACUAUGGGGAAAUCUGUGACAACGCCUGUCCUUGCGAGGAGAAGGAUGGCAUCUUAACGGUGAGCUGUGAAAACAGGGGGAUUAUCAGCCUCUCUGAAAUCAGCCCUCCGAGGUUUCCAGUCUACCACCUCUUGCUGUCUGGAAAUCUUUUGAACCGGCUCUAUCCCAACGAGUUUAUCAACUACACCGGAGCUUCUAUUUUGCACCUGGGAAGCAAUGUCAUCCAGGACAUUGAGACGGGGGCCUUUCAUGGACUUCGGGGCUUAAGGAGACUGCACCUGAACAACAAUAAGCUGGAACUGCUCCGUGAUGACACUUUCCUUGGAUUGGAGAGCCUGGAAUAUCUACAAGUCGAUUACAAUUACAUCAGUGCCAUUGAGCCCAACGCGUUCAGCAAAUUGCAGUUGCUUCAGGUGCUGAUCCUCAACGAUAACCUCCUGUCGAGUUUACCCAACAACCUUUUCCGUUUUGUGCCCUUAACGCACUUGGAUCUGAGGGGCAACCGUCUCAAGUUGCUACCCUAUGGGGGUCUGCUGCAGCACAUGGAUAAAGUGGUAGAGUUGCAGCUGGAAGAAAACCCCUGGAAUUGUUCUUGUGAGUUGAUCUCCCUGAAAGAUUGGUUGGACAGUAUCUCGUACUCCGCGCUGGUGGGGGACGUGGUUUGCGAGACCCCCUUCCGGCUCCACGGCCGGGACCUGGACGAGGUCUCGAAGCAGGAACUCUGCCCGCGGAAACUCAUCUCAGAUUACGAAAUGAGGCCGCAGACUCCGCUGAGCACGACCGGAUACUUACACACCACCCCGGCCUCGGUCAACUCUGUAGCCACCUCUUCCUCCGCCGUUUACAAGCCUCCCCUGAGGCCACCCAAGGGGACGCGCCAGCCUAAUAAGCCACGGGCCCGCCCUACGUCACGCCAGGCUUCUAAGGACCUGGGCUACAGCAACUAUGGCCCCAGCAUCGCCUACCAGACCAAAUCCCCGGUGCCUUUGGAGUGUCCCACCGCCUGCUCCUGCAACCUGCAGAUCUCCGACUUGGGUCUCAACGUCAACUGCCAGGAGCGAAAGAUCGAAAGCAUCUCUGAGCUGCAACCCAAGCCCUACAACCCCAAGAAGAUGUACCUGACGGAGAACUACAUCGCCGUGGUGCGCAGGACCGACUUCCUGGAGGCCACUGGGCUGGACCUGCUGCACCUGGGGAACAACCGCAUUUCUGUGAUUCAGGACCGUGCCUUUGGGGACCUCGCCAGCCUGCGGCGCCUCUACCUGAACGGGAACCUGAUCGAGCGGCUGAGCCCGGAGUUGUUCUACGGCCUGCAGAGCCUACAGUACCUCUUCCUCCAAAACAAUCUCAUCCGGGAGGUCCAGUCGGGAACCUUCGACCCCGUCCCCAACCUGCAGCUCUUGUUUUUGAACAACAACUUCCUGCAGUCCUUGCCCGGGGGGGUCUUCUCCGGGGUGACCCUCUUCAGGUUGAGCCUGAGAAGCAACCGCUUUCCCUCCCUGCCCGUGAGCGGCCUGCUGGACCAGCUGCCGUCCCUGGUCCAGAUCGACCUGCACGACAACCCGUGGGAUUGCACUUGUGACGUGGUGGGCAUGAAGCUGUGGGUGGAACAGCUCAAGGUGGGGGUCCUGGUCGACGAGGUUAUCUGCAAGGCCCCCAAGAAGUUUGCUGAGACUGACAUGCGGUCCAUCAAGUCAGACCUCUUGUGCCCCGACUACUCUGAUGUGGUGGUCUCGACACCGGCCCCCUCCUCCGUACAGGUCCCGGUCCGGUCCACCCCCUCUCCCUUCCCCGCCAGGCCCCCCAACAGCACCGGGGCCGCGGCCGAAGGUGACGGCGGGGGCGGCCCCUCCUCUUCCGUGCCCCUCUCGGUGCUGAUCCUCAGCCUCCUGCUGGUCUUCAUCAUGUCGGUCUUCGUGGCCGCCGGGCUGUUCGUGCUGGUGAUGAAGAGGAGAAAGAAAAGCCAGAGCGACCACACCAGUGCCAACAACUCGGAUGUGAGCUCCUUCAAUAUGCAGUACAGCGUGUACAGCAGUGGCGGUGGGGGCAGCAGCCACCACCACCACCACCACCAUCACUCACAUCCCCAUCCCCGGGGCCCCGCCCUCCCCAAGGUGAAGACCCCAGCUGGCCACGUGUACGAAUAUAUCCCCCAUCCCCUGGGCCACAUGUGUAAAAACCCCAUCUACCGUUCCCGGGAGGGCAACUCGGUGGAGGAUUACAAAGACUUGCAUGAACUCAAGGUCACCUACAGCAGCAGUAACCAUCACCUGCAGCUGCAGCAGCAACAGCAACAACAGCAGCAGCAGCAGCAGCAGCAGCAGCAAUCGCAGCCUCAGUUGCAGGCCCCGCACGGGGAGGAAGAGAGGCGGGAAAGCCACCACUUGCGCAGCCCAGCCUACAGCGUCAGCACCAUCGAGCCGCGGGAGGAGCUGCUGACCCCCGUGCAAGAUGCCGAUCGUUUUUACAGAGGCAUUUUGGAGCCCGAUAAACACUCUUCUUCCACCACCACCACCACCCCUGGCAAUAACCUCCCAGAAUAUCCCAAGUUCCCCUGUGGCCCCGCCGCCUAUACCUUCUCCCCCAACUAUGACCUUAGGCGCCCCCAUCAGUACUUGCACCCGGGGGCCGUGGGGGAGAGCAGGCUGCGGGAAACUGUGCUCUAUAACCCUCCAAGUACUGUCUAUGUAGAACCCAACAGGAACGAGUAUCUGGAAUUAAAAGCAAAACUAAACGUUGAGCCGGACUACCUCGAAGUACUGGAAAAACAGACCACAUUUAGUCAGUUUUAAAAACAGACAAACUCCAAUAGAGCAUUUGUAUUUAAAACCAACCAACCAACCAACAACAAAAAAGCAAACACAUGGCGAACCCAUUUGAUUAAUUGUGUUGUUUUCAACGUUUAAGGUGAAGUGCCUUGGCACAGGAUUUUCAGCUUCGGCGAAUGAUACUGAAAGGGUGUGCAAUUUCAUUUUAUUUUUACAAGUAGGAAACUAUGGUCUAAAUUGGGCACAACAUUGGCUCUUCUUGUGUGUGUUGGGGGAAGGAGUGUGGUCUAUGGAGAUAGGUUCAUGCAGGUGACAUAAAAAUUGAAUUUGUUGCUGCGGUUGGGAGUGCUUAUUUGAUUGAAAAAAUGACAGUGCACAGAUUCUCCUCUUUUCCCUUUGCUCUCUCUCCUUUCACUUCCCGGCUUCCCAGCGCUCCCUCCCGUCUCUCAUCUCCCUUCCCCCUUCCCCACACCACCAACUUUUUAAGCCAUGGGUGGGUCUAAAUGGCUUUUAUGGAGAGAUUAGCACACCCCGACUUUAAUACAAAAUUUCCUUUUUUUUAAGGAUGUGUUUGUAUGCUUUCUGGACUUUUGAAUUAAAAAAAAAAUUAUGAUCUUUAAAUGGAUCGAUAUAGAUGUGGACAGAUCAUUAAAGAGUGCAAAGCUGUAUGAUCCACUACUGGUUAGUCAAAAUAACUUAUUGAUGAAAUAUAAAACAAAAAUAUUUUAUCGUAGCACCUAUUUUUAUAUGAACAUUAGCCUUUCUCUUUCCUUCACUCUUUUAGUCUUUGAUUUGCUCAGAGGUGUUGCACUACAUCGGGUGCUUUCUAAAGCGGAAGUGGUAUCAGGAGGGCAUCUUCUGUCUCUAAAUUUACCAGUAAUUAUGACCAAAUCUUACAGGACAAUCCAAACCACAGAAUUCGGUCAUAUAAAAUAUCGCCAGAUUUCUUUUUCCAAGGCAUUAGAAACCAUCUACUAUUAGGGCAGCUAGUUGGACUAACUAGUGUGGGAUGUGUGGAAAUUGUUGAUUUUAACAGGAAAAGCAGGUUUGUUCCAUUAGUCAGUCGAGAUCAAAUGAUUUGACUACUGUCGUAGCCAAUUUCUGAUUGUUUAGAUAAUUACAAUUGCACUUGUACAGCUCCAUGUGUACACUGGCACCUCGGAAGACCAAAUGAUGGACUGUACGAAUAUAUAUAUAUGUGUGUCUGUGUGUAUAUAUACAUACACAUAUAUAUAUAUGUGUAUGUAUAUAUACACAUAUGGUGACUUUUACUCCCUUGGGCAACAGGCAAUGAGGAUUACCAUAAACCCACCAUCACUGUAAAAUGGGGCUUCUGGUGUCUCAUGUAUCCCAGCACAUGUAUUUUUCUUUUUCAGAUAGUUUAUGAAUAAACACUGGAUAACUAUUUCAAAUGCGA